AUGAAGUCCACAAGAGGUCAACAUGACAUCUUGGCAUUUAUGGACGACAUUAAGUGCCAUGCGAAUACAAAGCAGAGCAUGAAAAUUAUAACGAAGGAGUUGGAAAAAUGCUCUGCUGAGAUUGGACUCUCCCUAAAUGUGAAUAAGUGUGGCAUUUAUUCGAGAAAUGGCGUAGAACCCCAAGAGGAUGUGAACGACGCUCCCUUCCUUCCAGAGAUCAGAGAAGGAUACACCUACUUAGGACUGACCCAAUUAGAUAGGGACACCACCGACAAUUUGGAGAACAUCACCAAAAAAAUUAAGAAGAAAUCCGAAACAAUAUUUGGGUCGGAUUUAACAACCAGACAGAAAAUACAACUUUUCAACAGCUCAAUAAUACCAGCUGCGAUAUAUGUUCUGGGUAACUUAUUUCCUGAAGAAAAGCGAGCGACAACCUUGAAGAAUUGCAGGGACUUGGACACAAUGUUUAGGAAAAUGCUAGUAGAUUACGACAUGAAAGGCAAAACAACAUCGAAUGCCCGUGUUUACUUGAGCCCUCUCAUGGGCGGCCUGGGAAUGAAAUCAGUUGAAAUUGAAACUGAAAUUCAUUACAUCAGGAAAGGAAUCUACUUGCAGUCCCAUCCCGACAUGACAAAUGUGUACGAAGCCUACAAAUCCCUUCAAGGUGCCGGAUGGAGAAAUCCUUUGAGCGACUGCCAAUUUGUUCUGGAAAAAUAUGGUUGCAACACAGAACAGUAUCCGAUGGGAAGCUACAAGAAAAGUUCCGACAACAUUAUCAAGAUCAUAAGAAAACAGCAUCAUGAUCAGCUGAUUAAUAAAUGGUCGGAGAACAUGAAUUAUGGUAGGAUAGUAGCAGAUGAGGUGAAUAAAAUCACUUUCCCAGCAUUUACAACUCCCUAUAUGGACAGCUGGAGGUUAUCACUACUUCACUCUGCAGCAGAAGAACAACUCCAUGGACUUGGUUGCAUCCCAGGACGUACCCGAGUUUGCAGACGUGGAUGUGGUAACACUGAAACAGCUUACCAUGUGACUUCAUCCUGUCCUACCAACAUGUACAUCUCAAGACACGAUAAUGUUGUACAUUGGUUGUUAAAAACGAUCCUCACCACCACAAAUGCCCCUGAAGACAUCAUAAUGGGCCUGCAGUUCGGAAAAGCCACUCUUAUGGCAGAUUACGAACAACAAGGAAGGGGAAUUUCCAUCAGAGCAGGCCACAAGAUAUUGACGGAAAAGAAGAUGUACCACAAUAAACCGGACAUCAUGAUCAAGCUGUCAAACCCAGAUCGUAUCAUUCUAAUCGAAGUAGCCAUCGCCCAUAUUCAGAACUACCGACUUCAGGAAAAAAUCAAGAGAAAUCGCUAUGCGGUCAACUCGACGAUCAAGAUUGACAAUAAAAAUGUCGAUAAUAUAGUCAGAGAUGUCAACAUAGUUGGUGAACUUGAGAAGAUCCAUAGAUGUCCUGUAGAUCUCGGAAUAUUCGUCGUUGGGUGCAGCGGUGAGAUGAUUGUGACAGAAGAACAGGUGAAGUUCGCGGAAAUUCUUUCUAAAGUGCUCGGUCUGACUAAUAGUGAAAUUCAACAUCUUUUCACUAAGUGCAGUUAUAGUGUUUGCCUAUCAACUUCUCAAAUUCUUUUGAAACAUUUGAACUUGAAAAUGUGA